AUUUUUGUCACCUUCUCCAUCUGUCUCGACUCCCCGCCCGCUCGGCGCCAAUGUAUCCGCCUACUCGAUGUCUUUCGGUGCCAACAUGUCAGGCAUGUCUCCGCGUCACCUGACGAUCGUGCACGGCAUGACAGUCGCGUGGUUACUUGGUUCUGAAAAGACUCGAACCUGCCGGGCCCGUGGAUGCCACUCUAGGCCCGAUGUGCGUCAUUGCCGACACAUACAGUCCCGAGCGCGUUCGACGGUGAUGUGUUUUCAUCCUCCAGUCCCCUCGUUAUACAGUAGCGGUGACAAGCUCAGCCUGGUCCUUCUAUUAAUCCUAAGGCGGGUUCCCUCUGCGUCAUCACAUUCGGCGCGUCGGAAGCGGCCUUACCAUUUUCGGAAUCGCAUCCCGGCUUCAGUCAACUCUGCUUAUGCGAAUCUUGCCAGGUCGCACCGCUCUUCAUCAUCCACUGCAGAUUGAAAACAUGUACGGCCCGCCUCAGUCACUCUCCCUACGUAAAAUCUGGCCGUUUGCACUCCCCCUGGGGCGAACAUAAAAGCCUACCACUGAUCUCUGCUUCAUCCGGCAUCCCUCCUCAUUCAUACGUCCUUCCUCCUAUACGAACACCCUAAUGUCUUCACUCUCAGUCGCCACCGAGCACACGGUGACUGUGAACGACCACGCCGGUCUCACCCUACAAACUUCGAAGGAGCAGUCUGGUUUGACAGGCAUAUCCAAUGGCGUGGACAGUUCCUUUUCCGCUCCCACUGAAAAGUCUGCCGAAUUGGAAGAGGAAGAAAUUGUGUAUCCCUCUGGGCUAAGGCUCGGAUUGCUGACGAUCGCCCUGUGUUUGAGUGUAUUCCUGGUCGCUCUGGACAAUACGAUCAUCGCGACCGCUAUUCCCAAGAUCACAGACCAAUUCAAGUCGCUGAACGACGUGGGGUGGUAUGGUUCUGCAUAUCAACUCACGACUGCCGCUACACAAUUGCUCUUUGGAAAGUUCUACACGUUCAUGCCAGUCAAGUGGGUAUUCAUCACGGCUAUUCUUGUCUUCGAGCUCGGCAAGUCUGUUUCUCUGCUGGCGUUGACCUCCGGAGAUCUUACAUAUGAUAUCACAUGCUCGGCGGGGAUCUUUUCCGGCGCCAUGAUCAUAGUCGCCAACACGGUCCCACUCGCCAGGAGGCCGAUAUACACCGGUAUCAUUGGUGGCACAUUCGGUAUCGCCAGUGUCGCUGGCCCGUUGAUGGGUGGUGUCUUCACCGACAAACUCAGUUGGCGGUGGUGUUUCCUGAUCAACCUUCCUCCUGGCGCAUUCACUCUUCUCUUCCUCACCUUCUUCUUCACCAUGCCGGGUAAGCCGCCGGUCAGGGAAGAGAUGUCCUUCAAAGACAGGUUGAUGCAAUUCGACCCGAUGGGAACCGCCAUCUUCAUCCCUGCGAUCGUCUGUCUGCUUCUCGCUCUGCAGUGGGGUGGAUCCAAGUACCCGUGGAAGGACGGCCGUGUCAUCGGUCUCUUCGUUGUGUUCGGCGUUCUCAUCUCUGCCUUCAUCGCUAUCCAGUUCUGGCAAGGUGAUCGUGCCACCAUCCCGUUGCGCAUCUUCAAGAAGCGCACCAUCUGGAGCAGCGCCUGGUACCUGUUCGCCAUCGGCUCUGGGUUCAUGAUCUUCUCGUUCUACCUCCCGAUCUACUUCCAGUCGAUCCACAACGUCUCGGCUGUCAACUCGGGCAUCUCCACCCUGCCCAUGAUCCUGUCUCUCGUUUUCGCCUCUAUUUCGGUCGGCGUAGUCAUCGCUCAAGUGGGAUACUACGCACCGUUCAUGAUUGCCUCGACCAUCAUCGCCAGCGUCGGCGCGGGACUGAUCACCACUCUCGGCGUGUCCUCAGGCCACACGAAAUGGAUCCCAUACCAGGUCAUCUUUGGGUUGGGUCUUGGUCUCGGAUUGCAGCAGCCCUCGCUGGCUGUCCAAACCGUGCUGGAUAUGAUCGACGUUCCAUCUGGCACAGCAAUCAUUAUGUUCUCGCAGACCCUCGGUGGCGCGCUGUUCAUCUCUGUUGGCCAGAACGUGUUCACCAACCAGCUCGUGAGCGGACUGGCCAAGUACGCGGCGGGCCUCGACCCCAACGUCGUUCUUUCCGCGGGCGCCACUUCCCUGCGCUCGAAUGUUCCUGCUGACAAGCUUGCCGGGGUCCUGCUUGCUUAUUCCCAUGCUCUCGACUCCGCCUUUUACGUCGGUGUGGCUAUGACGGGGCUGUCCAUCAUCGGCUGCUUGUCUAUCGAGUGGAGGAGCAUCAAGGGGAAGAACAUUGAGAUGGGCAUGAUGGGUUAGAUGCCCAGCCUUUACAUGGUCGAAAUCAUCCAUUUACUCAAGCUGAUUCAUUUACAUUCGAAUUAAUUCAACGUUAUUUUGUCGUUGGCUCAGUGUCAUCUCUAUCUUAUGCAUUGAGACGAC